CUCGCCAAGAUGCAGCCGGGGCUCUGGCUCCUCCUGGCCACGCAGCUGGCAGCUCUCCGUGGCAGCUCCGUACUCCAGCAGGCUCCUGGGUCCGUAAUGGUUCAGACCAAUGGAAUGGUGAUAAUGUCCUGCGAAGCCAAAACCUCGCCCACUAGCACGCGCAUCUACUGGCUGAGACAUCGCCAGGCUCCAAGCCCGGACAGUCACUACGAGUGCCUGGCCUACUGGGAUCCCAUAAAAGGGAUUGUGUAUGGACAGGAAGUGGAGCCAGAGAAGCUAACUGUGUUUCCGGACGCGACCCGGUCCAUUCUCAAUCUCACAAGUGUGAAGCCUGCAGACAGUGGCAUCUACUUCUGCAUGACCGUUGGGUCGCCCGAGCUGACCUUCGGGAAGGGAACUCGGCUGAGUGUGGUGGAUGUCCUUCCCACCACUGCCCAGCCCACCAAGAAGCCCACCCCCAGGAAGAAAAUGUGCCGGCCCCCAAGCCCAGUGACCCAGAAGGGCCCAUCCUGUGGCCUCCUCACCCUCGGCCUGUUGGUGGCUGGAGUCCUUGUUCUGCUGGUGUCCUUGGGUGUGGCCAUCCACCUAUACCGCCUGAAGAGAAGAGCCCGGCUUCGCCUCCUGAAACAGUUUUAUAAAUGAGCAGAGA